AUCUAUGGUGAUUCUAAUCAAAAGCUCUGCUCUAAACAGAAACAGAAAAUCAUUUAUUACAUACUUUUCUACUUUUUGGUCUUUGGAUGCCGUCUUUGUUUUUAAGUAACAAUCGGUGUAACAGUGUGUUAAAAUAACAAGACCAACUUUUGAUAAGUUUCGAAGUUCCAAAUAUAAAUGACUAUUUUUUCAGUGAAAUUCAACAAAAAUGUAUUAUUGUUAUUGUAAUUAACUAAAUGAAUCUGCAAUACCGGCAAUGGCUUUGUGGCAGAAUGCGUCGUCCGUCAUAUGGAGAUUAGACGACACAGCGAAAAUUACAUGUUUCAUAGAAAAUGCUCAGAACAUUAACAAACACACCGAAUACAUAAUUAGGGUUCAAAGAGGCCCCGUCAAAGAAAAUAUGUGGAAUGUAUCUCGUAGAUAUAGUGAUUUUGCAUCGCUACACUCAUUACUGCUGAAAUCCAAUAUAGAUUUGCCUCUCCCACCUAAAAAACUCAUAGGAAAUAUGCAGCCUUCAUUUAUCGCAGAAAGACAAGUGGCAUUGCAGAACUAUUUAAAUGAAGUGCUGAAACAUCAGAUAUUAGCAUUGUCAUUGUCAGUGAGAAGUUUUCUAGAUCCAAACAACUAUUCAUUAGCCAUCUCAGAGCAAUCUCUGCAGACCGUGUCAAUAGCCUUGAGGGGAGACUUGCGCUAUGAACUAAAAGGACCCAUUGCUGAUAUUGGAUGGAGAAUAAGGAAACAUUAUUUUUUGAUGUCCGAUAUUAGUAGCAAGACUAAUUGUUUACUUUCGUAUCAGCACUACGGUCCGGAUAGAUAUCUCUGCGAUAAAGACUUGCAGACUGCCUUCAAGAGCCUACAAAAUCUUUCGCACCCUUAUAUAGACCAAAUAUUAGCUAUACAUAAUUUAGAAAAUGGUGCCUACGUUAUUAGAAGGAUACACGAGAACGGAAGUCUGAGAGAUAUAUUAUACGGUACCGAAUACAGUAAACAUUAUUUAAUGAAGUAUGGCAACCCGAAAAUAAGGAAACCAUUCACGACCGGACAAAUCGCACACUAUGGUUAUCAGAUAUUGCAAGCAAUAAAGUUUCUACACGAAAAAGGUCUACCACACGGUCACAUCCAUCCCGGCAACAUCGCAAUAGAGAACCAAAGAGCUCUGCUAAUGGAGGUCGAGAAUUUUGUUAUCGGCGUGCCCUGUUUGUACCGGCCCUAUCUACUCGAACUGCGGAGGGUGACGACCCCCGAAGACAUCGACGUAUACUGCUUCGGCAGAACCUUGUACGAGAUGACGUUCGCCAUCGCACCGGAGGACCCCCACUGCGAUUACUUCCCCGACGGAAUCAAUAUGGAUUUAGAAUCAGUAUUACACAUGUGCCUUUCAAGUCACGCUUGCAAGCACGGCAUGCCGACAGUAGACAGUCUACUCCGGCACCCGUUCUUCUGCCAAGCGCCCCUCAACGGCCUCACGGUGGCGCCGCGCGACGAGAAGAUCCACCUCAAGUUCCCCAUACAGCUGAAGGAAGAGUUGAAGGCCGCCGUCUCUAGCGCCGAAGCGAGAUUAAAACGAGAACAGAAACUGGUGCGAAGCGCAAAGAGAGAAGUCAGGAUCCAAGAAAUACUCUCUUCAGAAGAGGAAAUGAAGAAACAGAAAAAAAGAAUGAAAAAGCGCGAGAGCAUCUGGAAGUCGACGUCGUCGCUGGCGGACACGGUGCGGAGCGCCAGCACGGCCUCGUCCCCCUCGCCGCCCGCGCCCCGCGAGCGCACCCCGCCGCCCCCGCCACAAGGCGCAGACAUGGGUGCCGCGGAGGGAGCGCCGCCCCCCGCCGGCCGCUCCGCGCUGCUGCACGCCAUCUGCGCCUUCGACAAGUCCAGACUCGCUCGCGUAUCGACUCGGUGAGACGACGCAUCGAUAUCGAGUUAUCGAUUUUAUAUUGGGGAGCUGAAAUUAAACUUGCAGACUGUGUGCUGUUAUACCUAACUGAAUAUUAACACGUUCACAGCCAAGUAGGUCACCGGUGUCCUACGCGGCGCACUAAUGUAAUUAUAUCGAUUUCUGUUACUAAGCGCCUGGAUUGCUUGACUUUGCCUUCUUUUGUUUAUUAAUGUAUAUUUUAGUCUUUUAGGUCUCUUAAAAUAGAUUCAUUGUCAAUAUCUUCGGAUUCGUCUUUCCCAGAGUCUACCAGAUAUUUCGGCGCCUUACUAAGAAGAACAAAGAGAGAAAUCUACAUAGUUACUUCAGUGCGCCGCAUAGGGCACCGGUGACCUACAUGACAGUUAAAGGGUUAAAUAUAGUCAAUAUUUAAACUGUUUAUCUGUUAAUGCCCCUAAACUAGUUCAGAGUGACAGCCAAAAUAAUUGCGAUCGACAAAAUGUAUUUCAGUAAUAUAUUGUCGUGUUAAUAUAGUGUUUAAUCAGCUAACCAACGCGUCCGUGGUUUCGGGAGGCCCGAUGUGACGUCGACACUAAAAUCCUGUGUUGCUAUUCGUAGAACAUUGUUUUUUCUGUUUUGAGAACGAUCCAUUGCAUCCUAAAAAUCUCUGAAUAUCAUAUUCUCGUGGGUUUGCGCGAGUCGUAGAUAUAAUUAAAAGUACUUUUACAGUUCAAUCUCGCAUUUUCUAUUCAAAUGUCUACGUAUAACGAGUUUUAACCUCAAUUGUCCACGACUACGAAAACUGUAUUAUAGUAGUAUAUAUAAUAUGUAAUAGUAUUCUAAACGUGGGUAGUAAUAAAUGUAACGGCAAUUUAAAAAAAAAAGUGAGAUUAAAUCAUAAAAGUCGAUAGGUGACGCUAAAUAAAUGAGAUUAAAUCAUAAAAUUCGAUAAUUUUAUGAAUACACAUUUUUUUUACUGACAGUCCAUGCACUUUUGUAGCCCACUGUGCAAGUUUACUCUUGUUAGCAAAAUUUCUCAGGCUGAGCCCGUGAGCUCACUCGUCCGGGAGUCGCUGGAACAACCUCUCAGGCUACCAGUGAAUAGGUAGGGAAAAAAAUAAUGUACAAAUUAAAUGCGUUGCAUAUGAACAUCCGUUUUCAGUGGUACCUACCCGUGCGGACUCACAAGAGGUCCUACCAUCAGUAAUUACGCAACUUAUAAUUUUGCGGGUUUUAUUUUUAUUACACGAUGUUAUUCCUUCACCGUGGAAGUCAAUCGUGAACAUUUGUUGAGUACGUAUUUCAUUAGAAAAAUUGGUACCCGCCUGCGGGAUUCGACCACCGGUGCAUCGCUAGAUACGAAUACACGUGGUCCAGCGAUACUGUACCGCCUAGGAGCGCGAUUGACUGUGCAUUAUUUAUUUUUAUUUAUUAAGUAACAAUGAAACAUGUCGGCCGGUAUGUCAACACAUUGUUAUUGACAUGGUCGAAGGUUACGAUUUAAAUUUGUAUUUAAUUUCAGCUCCCAUUGACUCACUAGCGUACGUUGUUUUUAUCGAUAAAAAAUAAACAUGAUUUAUCGAUGUUAUAGUACAAUAUUAUAUUAUUAAUAUACAAUGCGAUGAUAUAUAUUUUUGCAAAAUGUAACAAUUCGAAUAUGGCUAAAUCAUACCUUUUAGUAUUGUAUUCAUAUUCUUAGAUAUUAAAGUAAGAUUUUGAAAUUUGUUAUGUAUUAUAAUUUUUACUCUAUAGUUUAUAAGGCCUUGUUAGAAAAAUACUUUAUCGAACAGUAUUUAUUUAUUUUAUAUAAAAAUGAAAUGAAAGUAUUGUAAAAUCGUGUACAGAUUACGACUUCAAUUAAAUAUUGCCAUAAAAAGAGAUAGAGUAUUAAAGAUAUCGAUUAAAAAAAUCGAUGUUUUAAAACAUACUGAAAACGAAUGGUGCGUUUAAUUUCUUAAAAUAAUUGUUUAAUAAUAUUAAAAUAAAUAUUUCAGAAAUAAAUUUUAGUAUGUACUUGAUCGAGUAGUAUAUAUUUAUUAUAGUUUUUAGCAAAAAAUGUUAUUAAUGUUCAUAAAAAUGAACUAUGUUUUGGCAUUUAUGAAUUUCCAAUGAUUUCCUCAUUGUUUGUUGACCACAUAUAUACUAAAAUGUUAUGUUUUGUAUUAAAUUUAGCUAGAUACCUUUAGAUAUGUUAUCUAUAUGUUGAAAAAUCUCAAAAAAAAAAAGAAUUUAUGAAUCAAAGGCAUUUUUGAAGAGUAGAUUGUUUUGUUCUCUAUAAGACAAGUGAUAAAUAACUGGUCAUGUAUUUUGUUUAUUGGUUUGUAAGGAAUUUGUUUACACAUUUAUUUUAUUUAGAAGCUUUAAUAAGAUGAAAAUUUUUGUAAGCAAUUUUCAACAUAUUAUGAAUUUAUAUUAUAUUAUUUAUAUUCUUGUAAGCGUACCUAUGUUAAAUAUAUCCAUAGUAGUUAAUUUCAUUUUGAUAUCUCAUUGUUUAUUUCCAGACGAAUUAAAAAGUUAAGUUGGAUACUUUUGAAAGUG